AGCGUCAACAACAAUUUUAUUCUAAUGCAGAUAUUGAUAGACUUGUAGAAGAACGAAUCGUUUCUAGAGAAAAACAAAGUCUAAAACCAAAACAAAUAUCUCAAGUUGAUCCUAAUACUGAAGCAGUUAGACAAUUUAUAGAAAUCAUAAAGCAAGCUAAAAAAACUUUAGCUAAGAAGCCUGGUCCUGGUAAAGAAAAAGCAGACAAAAUUCAUAUAGAUCGCUUUUUAGAUAAUCUUGCAAAAGACAAUCCUGAUCAUGAUUCUAGUG